CGACUGGGGUCUCAUUUGGCCGCGGUACCCGUGCGAGCUGCGCUUUGUACCAAAACAAAGAAAUGGUCAUGAAACGGGGGAGCGCUGUCUGCGGGUUCCUUUCGUCUCUCUCUAAUCAAAUAACCAGCAAGCAUGACUCUGGCUUUGACACCAGUUUGUGACGGAGAAACCCAAAGUACAGGACACGCAGUGCACAGCCGACCUCAGCAGGGAUGGAGACGGAGCUGACACAUCGCCACCUCUCUGCUGGAUCAUCAAACUGGCAGCGUGUUGUUCAUCCCACUGGUUUUAAGUGCCGCUUACUGAAGCGGAACAGCGGACUUCCUGCCUGUAACAAACAGCUGAAACUGCGUCACUUCGUGUGAAAGGGGACCGUUCUCGAUCGCGCUCCAGUGUAUUUCACCGAGAGCCUUAGUGAAGUUAUCAGGAUGUCGCCUGUCUGCGCUCUGGUCGUGCUCGUCCUACUCAUGGCUGGAGGGUGGUGCCCGUGUGCAGCGGACGUGGGGGAUUUCGCCCCGUGUCUGCAGUUCUUCUACAGGUCUUGGCCUCCUAAGGGUCUGUCGGGGACCCCGAUCUGCCAGCGGUACUACAACCAGUAUCGCUUUGCCACGCUGUACAGUCGAGCACGCCGCUCUCCGUGGUUCUCAGCCUACCUGUACUCCCCACCCGAAGGAAAAAGACCCUCAGCAUCAUGGAAGUUUGAGCCACAGUUAGCCUACCCAGGGGCUGAUGGCAACAUGAUCUGCUUCCCUCCGGGCCCCGUGGACCAGAACGUGGUAGACAGCCAGGCGGUCGAGCUGGACUACAUCAAUUCCACCUACACUCGUGGCCACCUGAAUCCCAGCCUUCACCACCAGAGCCACGAGGACCGCACCGCCACCUUCACCCUCACUAACGCAGUGCCUCAGAAGGUAGGCUCUAAUGACGGGCCCUGGGAGGCCCUGGAGCAGACUGUCAAUCAAACCUUAGCAGCCUACUGUCUCGGAGAUGCUUACAUAGUGACUGGCAUCAUCCCGUACCAGACCGCUGAGCGCUGGCUCAAGAAUCACCGCGUGGCUGUUCCUGAGUACAUCUGGUCGGCCUACUGCUGCCCAGUCUACAACAGCAGUCUGCCAGAAGAGCUGAAGGAUGCCUUUCCGACGUACGCUGCUGUCGGCCGCAACGACCGCAACAGCACCCAGGAGAUUGUGCCUGUCAGUGAGACGGCUAAAAAGAAAUACAGGGGAUAUGACGUGAGACAGAUGCCACUGGAAAAACUGGAGAUGUACCUGAGGGACAGGUUCGGUACUGUUGUCAGUGUUUUUUAUGAGCGGUGCUCUGGAUCAGACUGAUCCUGCACACACACACACACACAGUAAUUAGACUGCUGAAAUGUGCGUUUAAUUCAGGCUAAGUAUUAAGUGCAAAUAAUUUUUGCAACUAAACCUCUGAGCAAAGUGACAAAAUAAGUCCUUCUAAAACUGUCAGAAUGACAGUCACACACUGUGCCCCCUGCUAAGUUCUUAAACAGACUAUUAAAUGCCUGUAGUGUGUUUGUUUCCCUAAAAGUCACCCAAGAAAAGGGCAGCACUGAUCACAAAGGUGUAACAAAACAAAAGAAUCAUCAGAUGGCUUCAUUACUUCGUUGUUCGGGUGGUGCAUCAUCUGGCAGUGGUGGUCACUGAGAGUCAGGAAGGAGCAGACACUGAAUGACCAGCGCUGGCAUCUGAAUUUCUUUUGUCAUUUGAUAAAUGUGCACAGUACAGUUUUAGUGAAUACUGUAUUUUGUUUUGUUCACCUGAUGCUGAAGAGUAAUUUAAGUUAUUAAGUACUUGUAGUGCAGUAAAAAGCACAGUGUUUGCUACUGAAAUAUCACAAAAUGUAAGUACAAGUACCUCGAAAUUGUACUUAAGUCCUUAGUUACUUUACUGGGAUUCUCUAAGGAGUCAAGCAGCACAGCUGUGAUGCAGCUAAUACUUUGACCGCUAGAUGGCGGCCGUGCACCACAUGCAGCUGCAGCUUCUACGCACUGAAGUGCACGUUGAGAGUUUUCUGCUUUUUCAAAGAACAUCAGCCUUCACUAACUGUUAAAUCAAUUUGUCUUUUGUCUUGUGAUUUACAAAACAAUGUCGAUAGUUGUUUUAUAUUUAAAACUGAAAUCAGACUUUGACUAAUUGGUGUUGGAAUUUAUAUUUGUGCUUCAAUCAAGAACAAAUAGAAUAAAUAUAUAAAUUGCAGACUCCCUUAGACAAACAUGAACUCGCUCCACGAGUUGGUCUCGACUGUUUCAAAGCUUUGCCAAGACAAGUUUUAUGUUAUAAUGAUCACUGAGACACAAUUUGUCGCAUCAGACUUGUUAAGGUUUUAUUGCAGGAACACAUGGUACGAGAGCACAAGUGUACAAAGGGUUAAACAUAUCUGACACUAUGCACUGGUGAGUCAAACUGGAUUCCUGUGACAAACACUGC